AUCCGGCGGCUGGAUGAAACUGUGGUGAACCGCAUCGCGGCCGGCGAGGUCAUCCAGAGACCGGCGAAUGCCAUCAAAGAGAUGAUAGAGAACUGCUUGGAUGCUAAAUCUACAAGUAUCCAGGUAGUAGUUACAGAAGGCGGUCUGAAGCUCAUCCAAGUCCAAGAUAAUGGCUGUGGUAUCAGAAAAGAAGAUCUCAACAUUGUAUGUGAGAGAUUUACUACGAGUAAACUACAAAAAUUUGAAGACUUGUCUAGUAUUUCUACAUAUGGUUUCAGGGGUGAGGCAUUGGCUAGCAUCAGUCAUGUUGCCCAUGUUACGGUAACAACUAAAACAGCUGAUGCAAAGUGUGCAUACAGAGCUUCUUACAGUGAUGGAAAAAUUAAAGCCCCUCCAAAACCCUGUGCUGGAAACCAAGGGACACAGAUCACGGUUGAAGAUCUCUUUUACAAUAUAAAUACACGGAGGAAAGCUUUAAAAAAUCCAAGUGAAGAGUAUGCAAAAAUACUAGAAGUUGUUGGCAGGUACGCCAUCCAUAACUCGGGUAUCAGCUUUUCAGUUAAAAAGCAAGGUGAUACCGUGUCAGAUGUUAGAACUUUAACAAAUGCCUCAACAGUGGACAACAUUAGGUCUAUCUUUGGAAAUGCUGUUAGCAGGGAAUUGAUAGAAGUGGGCUGUGAAGAUGCAAAUCUGGCCUUUAAAAUGAAAGGCUACAUCACGAAUGCAAAUUAUUCUGUGAAGAAAUCUAUAUUUUUACUCUUCAUAAACCAUCGACUGGUAGAGUCAACAGCUUUGCGGAAAGCCAUAGAGACUGUGUAUGCUGCUUACUUGCCAAGUACGCAUCCAUUCCUAUACUUAAGCCUGGAAAUAGCUCCCAAGAAUGUAGAUGUGAACGUGCACCCUACAAAACACGAGGUCCACUUCCUUCAUGAAGACAGCAUUCUAGAGCGUGUGCAGCAACACAUAGAGAGCAAGUUACUGGGCUCUAAUUCCUCAAGGAUGUACUUCACUCAGACGUUGCUUCCAGGGGCUGAAUGUUCUUCCAGUGAGGUGGUAAAAUCAGCAGCAAACCUUUCUGGGGCCACAAAGGAAGCAGUAUAAAUCUAUGCACACCAGAUGGUCCGCACUGAUUCCCGAGAGCAGAAACUGGAUGCUUUCCUUCAGCCAGUGAACAAUCCCCUAAGUACAGGCCCUGCUGAAGUGACAGUGGGGGUUAAUGCAGCACCUCUGGAGGGUCCUGCCAGGCUGCAGGAUGUUGAAAUGGAAGAUGUCAGUGAUUUUGAAAUAGCUGAUAUCCUUGAAGCGGCUGAGGUUCAGCAGGACAUGGCAAUUCUCCGAAAAGUACUUCCUCGAAAGAGACCCCGGGAAGACACUGACAUAGAAAUGGAAAAAGAUGUUUCCAGAAAGGAGAUGACUGCUGCCUGCACCCCUAAAAGAAGAAUUAUCAAUUUGACCAGUGUGUUGACUCUUCGGGAGGAAAUUAGCAGCCGGGCGCAUGAAAGUCUUCAGGAAAUGCUACGUGAUCACUCAUUUGUUGGCUGUGUCAGCCCUCAGUGGGCUCUGGUGCAAUAUCAGACAAAACUGUAUCUUCUCAAUACAACAAAACUCAGCCAAGAACUCUUCUACCAGAUACUUAUUUAUGACUUUGCAAACUUUGGAGUCUUAAGGCUCUCUGAGGCAGCUCCUUUAUAUGAGCUUGCAAUGCUUGCUUUAGAGGACCCUGAGAGUGGCUGGACAGAAGAAGAUGGCCCAAAAGAAGGUCUUGCUGAGUACAUAGUUGAGUUUCUGAAAAAGAAGGCUGAAAUGCUGAAAGACUAUUUCUCUCUUGAAAUUGACGAGGAAGGAAAUCUGAUUGGCUUGCCACUUCUGAUAGAUAAUUACAUUCCCCUGUUGGAAGGACUACCUAUGUUUAUCCUUCGUCUGGCCACAGAGGUAAACUGGGAUGAAGAAAAGGAGUGCUUUGAAAGCCUGAGUAAAGAACUCUCUCUGUUUUACUCCAUUAGAAAGCAAUAUUUAAUAGAUGAAAUCACCCUGACCCACUCCCAGAAUGAGGAUUCUGACUCUGCUUCACCACCAUGGAAAUGGACUGUGGAACACGUUGUUUAUAAAGCUUUUAGGACUUACCUUUUACCUCCUAAACACUUCACAGAUGAUGGCAACAUCUUGCAGCUUGCUAACUUGCCUGACCUGUAUAAAGUUUUUGAGAGAUGUUGAACAAGUAGUUAUUUGUAUAGACUUGUACACAUGUUGUUUUCUAUUUUAUUUAAUAGAUAAUCUCAGCUGAGGGAGGAAGGUGUUUAAUGUUAUACUAAUAUAAUAGCAAACCUAUUUUCCUUCAACUUAAAGAAUAAAGAAAUACUUUGACUAAAACA